UAUGUAUCUACAGAUUCUCUCUCUCUCUCUCUCUCUCCAUCAAUUAAAUGUCUUCAAUUAAGUCCUCUUCGGUGAAUCACAUUCGCCCUCACUCUCUCUUUCUCGUAUCCACCGCCAUUCUUAAUUCCUUUCUCUCUUUCUCUCUCUACAGCACCGCACUGCAGAUCAGAUGAUACCAUAGUGCCCUAAAGGACAACAAACAAUUCCAAGACGCACACACUACUAGUAUAGGACUACUAACACCAUCUCAUAUGGCAGCCACAACAGCCCGUCUCAAAAUCCAAACCCAAUUCACUAAACCAAAGCGUCGCCGUCACCGGGAAACCACCAUCACCACCACCCCGGUCACCACCACUAUCAUAUCUGACUCCUCCACCACAUGUUUAACCCACAACCAUUACCAUCACCAAAAUAAUCAUCAAGCCCGCAAACUCGACCCGCCUACUGUUGUCUCCCCUGACAGUUCCUGGUGCUGCCCCGCCUCGAAACCACCUCCUCCUCCUCCACCACCACCCUCUCCACCGCCGCCUCGUCACACAACCCCAAUCACACUCUCAAAUCCAGAACCCAUUUCCGCUUCUGUCACUGCCACGUCAUCGCCACCCCGAUCUCCGUCGAUGUCCCCGUUAAAUCUCAAGAUCGGAUACUCACCACCCAAUACAUUUCCCCAACCCAUGGACUCACCCAUCACCACCACUACCACCGUCAACGGCAGCGUUAACGGCGGUGCCACCACCUCCACUGCCCACGAUUGUGUCCCAUCAUCUUUCAGCAAAUUCAAUUCAGCUCUUACAGCAGGCCUUCUCAACCCAAUGUCACCGCCACCAUCAAUCGAUAAAACCCGUACAAGCCCAACGCUCUUCGAAAUGAUGGCAAGCGAGCCCGAUAUCCAACCAAGAACCACCCAGAUCCCCAACCCAAACGCCGUGAUUAUUUCGGCCCCAAAACCACCACAGGUUCCGCCACUAGACAAACAAGCUUUAAUGCAACAACGUUUGUUAGACCUUUUAGCAUGUCGAAGCCCAGGAAGUCAAUUCAAUGAUCCGAAUUCAAGUGAUGUCAAGUUAACUUUGAGCUCUAAAGACGGGCUUACUGUUUCUAUGAAUGUUCAUAAGCAGAUCUUGGUUGCGCAUAGUCGUUUUUUUGCUGUCAAGCUGUCGGAGAGGUGGUUGAAACAGCAAAGGUUUUCAAGCCCAUACAUCGUUGAGAUUGCCGAUUGUGAUGACAUUGAGGUUUAUAUUGAGACGCUUAGUUUGAUGUAUUGUAAGGAUUUGAGGAAGAAAUUGAUGAAAGAAGAUGUUUCCAGAGUUCUUGGUAUCUUAAAGGUUUCAGCGGCAAUUGGGUUUGAUGCGGGGGUUUUGUCUUGUUUGGAGUACUUAGAAGCUGCUCCAUGGGCUGAGGAUGAAGAAGAGAAGGUGGCUUCUCUGUUAUCUGAGUUGAAGCUUGAAGGAGUUGGUGCUGGGGAAGUUUUGAAGAGGGUUUCGGUUGAUGUUACAACUGCGGUUGAAGACGGGCAUGACAACGAAGAAGUGCUUCUUAAGCUUUUGCAGGUAGUUCUUGAAGGGAAGGACGAGAAGGCAAGGAGAGAGAUGAAAGGAUUGGUGUCGAAAAUGCUUCGUGAGAAUUCAUAUCAGAGUGAUUUGAGAAAGGAGUCAUUGUACUCAGCUUGUGAUGGGUGUUUACAGUUGCUGCGCCACCAUUUCUUAAAGGCAGCAGAGGCGGACUUGCAGGAUGUAGGUCAGAUUGCAAGGCAGGCUGAUAAUUUGCAUUGGAUUUUGGAUAUUUUGAUUGAUAGACAGAUUGCUGAGGAUUUUUUGAAGAUGUGGGCAUCGCAAUCUGAAUUGUCUAAUGCACAUUCUAAAGUGCCUGCAAUUCACAGGUACGAUGUUAGCAGAGUUACGGCCAGGCUGUUCGUUGCGACUGGCAAAGGACAAUUGUUGGCUUCUAAGGAUUCCAGGUGCUUGCUUUUGCAGACAUGGUUGGUGCCAUUCUACGACGAUUUUGGGUGGAUGAGGAGGGCAUCAAAAGGCCUUGACCGACAUUUAAUUGAGGAUGGUCUCAGCAACACAAUUCUAACUCUGCCUAUGGCUUGGCAGCAGGACAUUUUAAUGUCUUGGUUUGAUCGUUUUUUAAACUCAGGUGAUGAUUGCCCAAAUAUUCGGAGAGGAUUUGAAGUUUGGUGGAAGAGAGCUUUCUGGAGACGAAAUGGUGAGCCUGAACUGCCUCGGCAAAUGCGAAUCACGACAGCAGCUAUCGAAAACUCAUGAUGUUGAUAAGUCUGCAAUGCAGGGAUAAUGUUGUUCUGAUGGUUUUCUUUUCAUACUCUUGUGAUCAUCUGGCCGUGUUAUCGCGUUAUGGCCCUCUUUUAUAUCUUAUUCCUUUCUAAACCAAGUGCGGGAAUUUGUUUCAGCAGAACUGAAUUUCACAGAGGUGGGUGAUGUGCAUUUUUUAUAGAUGCAUUUCUGGGGUUUAGUUUGGACGGAGGGAUAUAUGUCACCCUUGAAACUCACAUAAUAUGUAGGCAACUGUCUGAACAGAAUUUACUUGUUCUGCUGACUUGAUACUUAAAAUCCAUUAUUUUUGUUACUAUAUCACUGGUGAGUUGAUUUUCGGGUGGAAAAGGGUUUCUGUCAUCUACCAGUGUGGACUUGAGCAUCAUCCAAUGCGGUAUAGCUUUUUGCAAAAGAUAGGACUUUUGUUCUAGUAUACCAAGACUAAGCCUGCCUUGUUUCCAUUUUAUGAUAUCAGAGCACCUAUCAUUUAGUGUAGAUUAGAUAUACCCUUCCACUUCAUUAAAUUCUUCUGGUGUGCAAAUGGUGAUCAGAUAACAGUCAUUGUCAUUGUUGUUACGCAUUAGUCAUAUGCAUUAUGGUUAGGGACUGAAUGAGCUGUCUCAUGCUCAAACUCAAAUUGAAAGGCUUCCUUAAUAGUUGGG